CUCAGCUGCUGCGACGGACUCUAUCGGCUUCGGACCGCUCGCCAUUUUAAUCUGCCAUCUGAAGGAAUAACACACAUAUUUAUCAAUCAAUAGGAGUUUCUUUACCGCCAUACAGAUCUCCAUGAUGAUGGAAAUGGAGGUGAUGCAUUCCGGUCAACAGGAUAUGGAGCUGAUUGACAUACUGUGGAAGCAGGACAUUGAUCUCGGCGCCAGGCGUGAAGUUUAUGACUACAACCAUCGUCAGAAAGAACAUGAGCUGCGGAGGCAGCGGGAGCUGGAAGAAGAGAAGAGGCAGCAUCUGGUCCUGGAGCAGGAGAAGGCCCUGCUGGCAGAGCUAGAGCUCGACGAGGAAACGGGAGAGUACAUACCCCGCCCGCCACCCAGCGCCCCACUGCAGGUGGCUGUUGCACCUCUAGAGGUUACACAGAAUGUCAGCUUCACAGGAGAGGACGGUGACACCAUGUCAUUUGAUGAAUGUUUGCAACUUCUGGCAGAGACGUUUCCUGUAGAGAACACUGAGAACACCUCAGUUUGCCUGGACACAACUGCUGUUUCAGCCCCCAUGAUGCACCCUGAGCAGCCAGCUCUGCCACUGGCCACCCUCUCCCCAGGUCCACUACUACCACCACCAACACCAUCACCACCACCACCACCACCACAGAGGAUGUCCCUAGAUUUGGAGCAGGCCUGGAUGGAGCUUUUGUCCCUCCCUGAGCUGCAGCAAUGCCUGAGCAUGCAAAUGGAGGACACACUUGAGACCACAACUUAUCCUCUUCCAAACAUCCCUGAAGAGCAGAAUCCAAACUACACUUUUUACCCCAUGAGCAAUCUCACAGACAGGGAACCAAACAGUUUAAAUGUUUGUCCUGCAGAGUUUAUGAAUACAUUUGAGGUCUCUGUUCCCAGUAUGGUCCCACCAGACAAUCUCAGCCCGAUGAAGGCAAAGGCUCCUCAGUUAAAUGAUAAAUUCCCUGCAGGAAGUUUCUGUGACAUAUUUUACCCCAAUGCCAUUCUGGAUGAGAGCAGUGGUCAACAUGGCCUUGAAGGAAAUGAAAGUAACGCCAUGUCAGAUAUCCCAAACAAGCCUCCUUUCACACCAGUGGACAUUUACAGCCUCUCAGCUGGAGAUGCAUUUGACAGAAGCAAAGAGAAUCUGACAGCAGAAUUGCCAGACUCAGAUUCAGGAAUCUCUUCAAACAUAAGUCAAAAUGCUAGUUCACCUGGGAAGUCUUUGUAUGGAGAUGAGUCCUUUAGUUACAGCGAUUCAGACAUGGAAGAGAUGGACCACAAUCCUGGAAGUGUAGAAUCUGACUACUCAGAGAUGUUCUUACUCAAUUUCCAACCUGAUGAUCUUCAGCGGGCAAUUCCUUUAUCUGCACCAAUGGGGCAGCCACAACAGCAGCAGGAAAAGAAACCCAAACAACACAAGACGGACCCGGCUGAGGAGAAUGGCCACAACAACGCCCCCUUCACCAAAGACAAGCAGAAGAAACGCUCGGAAGUGCGUCUCUCCAGAGACGGGCAGAGGGCUAAGGCCCUCAAAAUCCCUUUCACUGUUGACAUGAUUAUCAAUCUGCCCGUUGAUGACUUCAACGAGAUGAUGUCGAAGCACCAACUGAACGAGGCCCAGCUGGCCCUGGUCCGAGACAUACGCCGUCGCGGCAAGAACAAGGUAGCUGCCCAGAACUGCCGAAAACGCAAGAUGGAGAACAUAGUGGGUCUGGAGAGCAACCUGGACUCACUGAAGGAUGAGAAGGCGCGUCUGCUGGAGGAGAAGAGCCAAAACAUCACAAACCUGAAGGAAAUGAAGCAGCAACUCAACAGCUUGUACCUGGAGGUCUUCGGCAUGUUGAGAGACGAGAAGGGCAAUUCCUACUCCCCCUCCGACUACUCCCUCCAGCAGUCAACUGACGGCAACGUCUUCUUAGUUCCUCGCAUCAAAAAGACUUUCAUCAAGAGCGAAGACAGCGUCUUAUCUCCUUUGUAAUAUGGUACUGCAUUAUCAUAGUAAUACUAUGCAAUAACUUUGUAGUUGUUCAGCUUUAAAGCAUUAGUAGCUCAGCAUAACUAUUGUAUAGUUUUUUGCUCACUUCUCUUGAAUGUUGUAAUAUUUUUGAUAUUUUACUUCUUUUGUACUCGGAUACCUUAAACAGAUUCUUUAACCAAUAUUGUUUGUAAAUAUAAACAUUACUUGCUUUUGAGAUUGAUACAACCGUUGCUGUAUGUGUAUAUAUUGUAUAUAUUAUAUUUCUGUAAGCUAAUGUUUCAAUCAUGGUUACUUAUAUUUUAUAACUGUCCCUUUAUGAUUUGCUGCCCAGGUUCUUUUAUAAAACCUUGACUUCUGUGCUUUUCAAUAAAGUAUUCCUAUAGCUA